UUCGAGCUAAAGCAGAACAUCGCCCAAACCGACCGGGACACGCGCUUUCUUCACUCACAUGCAACGUGCUUCAGCGCACGUUCGUCUCGUGCGUGUCUCGCUGCCUCGCUGUUCGUGGUCUUUUAUUUUCACAAAACGCAAGAGUUCAACCAAACGCUCCAAUGGGAAGCCUUAAACCAGUAUAAACAAUAGAGAGCUCCACCAGGAUUGGCUCUGCUGUCGCUAAGUCGUCUAUAUCCAGUUACUAUCACUCUUCUCCCUCUAGCUCGUACGGAAUCAACAUUAACUCCCCGGACCUCUCGCUCACCCAACUGGCCAUGUUCUGCCGAGUCUUGACUGUCCCAAACCCCCAGGGUCCCCCCAACAGUACUCACAGUGGGUAGACUCGACCGGCCAUUUCUAUCGUCGGGCAUAGCGACUGGUUCGGUUGGACAUUUUUUUUACAUUGUGUGCGGGAGUUCCCGGAAUUUUUGCAAAAUAACGCGACGCAAAAGGAUGAUACACUCCGGGCGGACGAGGCUCGAGAAAAAAGUAAGUCGAGUCGGAGUGGGCGGCGGGGGCCAAGAUGGUCAAGGGUUACAACCGGUCGAAGAGGCCGGUACCGGUGCUCAAUGGUGGAGACAGCAACAUCCUUCUUAUCAUCAUUACCAUCAAACUCAUCAUCACCACCACCAUCACCAUCAUCACCAAGGCAAUUACAAUACGUCCCAAUCGCAUUCUCACAACAAUCCAGUUGCCACUAUGAAGCAGUCUUACAUGCAUCAGCUGACGUGGGUUUUUCAUGAUGACGAGGCUCAAAUUAACAAAAAACUGCCAAAGGAAUUACUCCUCAGAAUUUUGUCAUACUUGGAUGUGGUAUCACUGUGUCGGUGUGCCCAAGUGAGCAAGGCCUGGAAUGUAUUAGCUCUCGAUGGAUCCAACUGGCAGAGGAUCGAUUUGUUUGACUUUCAACGAGAUGUAGAGGGACCAGUAAUAGAAAACAUUUCGCGAAGAUGCGGAGGAUUCUUGCGGCAAUUGUCCCUGAGAGGAUGCCAAAGCAUUGGAAAUCUUUCGAUGCGAACCUUAGCCCAGUCCUGUCCUAAUGUGGAGGAACUUAAUCUGAGUCAAUGCAAAAAAAUCUCAGAUUCAACCUGCGGGGCUCUCAGCAAUCAUUGUCCAAAACUGCAACGACUGAAUCUGGACUCUUGUCCAGAGAUAACGGACAUCUCAUUAAAAGAUCUCUCCAAAGGUUGUCCCCUCCUUACCCAUAUUAAUUUAUCCUGGUGUGAAUUACUCACCGAUAACGGGGUCGAGGCUUUGUCCAGAGGUUGUCCAGAACUUCGUAGCUUUUUGAGCAAAGGCUGCCGACAACUCACAGACAAGGCAGUCAAGUGCUUAGCUCGCCAUUGCCCAAAUCUGGAAGCGAUCAACCUUCAUGAAUGCAGGAAUAUAACUGACGACGCUGUGAGAGAACUAAGUGAACGAUGUCCUCGAUUGCAUUACGUUUGUAUUUCCAACUGUCCAAACCUAACGGAUGCAUCCUUAGUAACAUUGGCACAACACUGUCCGCUCCUCAGUGUCUUAGAAUGCGUCGCCUGCACUCAUUUCACAGACGCAGGAUUUCAAGCUCUUGCAAGGAAUUGCAGGCUACUGGAGAAGAUGGAUUUAGAAGAAUGCGUUCUAAUUACGGACACUACGCUUAUUCAUUUGGCAAUGGGUUGUCCAAGACUGGAGAAAUUAAGUUUAUCACAUUGCGAGCUGAUUACUGAUGAAGGAAUUCGGCAAUUGGCUCUCUCGCCUUGUGCUGCAGAGCAUCUCGCUGUCUUAGAAUUGGAUAACUGUCCACUCAUCACGGAUGCUAGCCUAGAUCACCUUUUACAAUCAUGUCACAAUCUUGAACGUAUAGAGCUUUAUGACUGCCAAUUAAUCACCAGAAAUGGCAUCCGCAGACUCAGGACACAUCUACCAAACAUCAAAGUCCAUGCGUAUUUUGCGCCCGUAACUCCGCCCCCGAGUGCUGGCGCCUCGCGGCAACGAUAUUGUCGAUGUUGCGUUAUUCUGUGAUUUCCUAAAGAGGGUAAUUUUGAAAUCAAUCGUCCUGAAGCAUUAAGGAAACACUGAUGUAACCAUCGGUGGUUGCGAGCAGCAGGAAUCGUGGGAUUUUGUCACCAAGAGAGCUGCCUCUCUUCACUGCCUCUGGUAGUGGUUUCCGGUGUUAAGAUCUUCUAAAUUUUCUAGAACAUCUGGAUUUUUUGAUCAUCUGGAUCUUCUGGAACAUCUGGUUCUUCCGGAUCAUCUGGAUUUUCUGGAACAUCUGGUUCUUCCGGAUAAUCUGGAUCUUCUGGAACAUCUGGUUCUUCCGGAUCAUCUGGAACAUCUGGAUUUUUCGGAUCAUCUGGAUUUUUUGGAUCGUAUCAGCGUUCACUGAGAAUUCUCAGUUCCGUUUGUCCACCCAGUGCAACGAGUACAAGAUACAUGUUAAAUCGUUACGAAAAUCACCGAGGACGUCUUCAUCGCCACCACAGCUGCAGCUAUUAUUACUAUUUAAUUUACACGAAAGGUAUAGUGCUUUUUUUAAUGCAGUAACUAGUACUAGUUAAUUGACUGCUGCUGAUUUGACGAUUAUUGUCUUGUCAGCAGUUGCAGUAUUUAAUAGUGGCGGUCGCCCCGAACGUCUCUCGUCGCACAAUCCAUAACGAGAACAAUUCGAUGUAACGCCUAACAGUAGGGAACGUAUUGAAGAAACUUUUACUUCUCUAUGUAAAAGAUGAGUUUCUCUCCAGUGCGAUUCUUGAUGUUUUACUGUUGGUUCGUUAAAAUGCAUUUUAGUAUUUUA